UGGUGGAACAGAGUUAGGGUUAGGGUUAGUUCAUCCAAAUUGGAGAUUCCAAUUUGCUUUAGGUUUGAUUCGAAGUUUCUUUUGCAGGAAACCCCUGACAGUGUGGUGGAACCAACUUUUUGUGGUUCUUACACUGAAUCUGAGCCGACGUGCAUGAUGCAUCAUCAGAGGCCGAAGAAGAUGGUGGCUUUUGAAGGUGCUUUGACUGGGAGGCGAUUCCUGGGUUGUCCUGUGCAGCAGGAUGUAGGUGUGAACUGUGGGGUUGUGGAGUGGGUGGAUGGUCCUUGGCCAGAGAUUCUACAAAGGUGCCUAACCAGGAUUUGGGACAUGUACCAUGAGCAGAACUUGGGAAGGGUGAAUGACAAACAAGCUCAUGAGAAAGAGGUGGCCAAGCUACAGAAGGAAAUUGAUUUCCUGUCAAACAACUACAGCCAGUUGGUGGAAGAUGUAUCCAAGCUAUUUGACUAUCAAGAUGGCAAGAUGUCUCAUGACAUGGGCUAUACCAGCAGGCAAUCAAUGAACUAAAUGAGAAGAAGAAACAACUUGAGGAUCAGGCAAAGAUUGAGUUAAGUAUGGAGAAGAUGAAGCUUGCCAAGGAGCAAAGGUGCAUUCUUCAAAGCCAAGCAGAUAUCAUUCAGAACAUGAGGAAGGCCAUGAAGGAAGUGGAGGGGGAGAGGGACCUACUAAGGCAAGAGAAGAAGAAGCUGGAGUAUCUGAUUGCUGAUCUGCUCAAGGCUGGGCAUGCCAGCAAAGAUAAACUGGAGAGGAUCAAGGCAAUUAUGAAUGAGUGAAGUGGUUGGUGUGUGGGUUAAGUAAUUAGUAGGCCUAUAUAUAUAGCUGGCCUUGGAAUGUCAUGCAUGAUAGGUACUUAGGUGUAUAUUUUGGGAAAGUUUCAUGUGCUUUUAGAA